AUAAUGUAAUCUACCCAGAUGAAUAAGAAAGAAAAAAGAUAAAAAUAAUAAAACAAGAAAACAAGAAAACAAGAAAAAACAUACCAAAAUACACCAACUCAUUGGGCGUUAUUGCAAUCUCGACCACCUAGACGUUUCAUGUCUCCCCACCCAUCUUAUCCUAGCUUGGCCUUUUUUCCCUGUACUUUAGCUUUUUUUCUUCUUGAUUUUUGCUUUGUUUCUUUUUCCUCUUCCACUACCUUUACUUUUUCAGCAACCUUUUUUUUUCUCUUCAGAAUCUUUAUUGUUCCCUCUUCUUACGUUGAAUUUGACGUUUUGGAGAAUGAAUAGUUCGACCCAUUUAAUGCGUAACGAAACCGGAGACGAAAACAGUAACGAUCCGUACCCUCCGAACGAAACCAAACAGCUGUCGCCUGGACAAAGCGAAUGUUGUUAUGUGCGCCGUCAUGGCAAUGGUAGUGAUGUCAAUGCGACGGUGGAUCAUUUGGCAGUCGCCAUGUCGUCUUCGACAUUCUCUCCUUCGAAUGCUGGCUACGGCAGCAGUAACAAUCCUCCUCACCCGGGCUAUUACGAGAACAAAUUAACCACUCUGGCCCCUUCGGCCUUCUUUUCGCCACUUCACCCGUAUCCGAACGAGAUCCAUCCAGGAGAUACCCUGGUUUGGUUGCAAGUCGAUAAUGCCAACCGUCGUCGAAACUCCAACACAUCGUCUCCCUCCGCUUCCGGGGCUUCGCUUCCUACUGGUGCUGCGGUUGAAACGUUGAUAAAUCACCAUGCAAUCGCUUGUCCACCGCUUCCCUCCACACCCUCCUCUUCAAUCAAUCAUAAGCAGAAACGACGACUUUCCGACGAAUCUGCUUCUGUUAAAACAUGUACUGACUCGCACACCACUGAGGAUUCAACAGACGACCAAUGGAGGGCACAAAUUCUAAUGGAGAAAAGAAGGCAUCGUCGUGAAAGCCAUAAUGCAGUGGAACGAAGGCGUCGAAAUACGAUCAAUGAGAAUAUUCAACAUCUGGGUCGGCUGUUACCGGAGCAUAUGUUGGCGCAUGGCAAAAUUAGCAAAGGGACGAUUCUAAAAGGCUCAGUUGCUUACAUUCAUUCCUUGCACAAUCAACUUUCGGAUUGUAAAGCACGCUUGGCUAGCUUGCAGCAAGAAAUUGGCUACCUCAAUCUCCCUAUCACCUCCACUGCCUUAGGGCAUACCUUACCGCCCUCCCCAACCGUGUAAUACUUGUACUAAUCUGCUCCAAACCAAUGUAUGCUUCUUGUUUUCUUCAUUCAGCAUGAGACAAUGACAUAACUGUUUAUCUACUCCUUUUUAUGCCCUUUUUUUUUAUUUCUUCCCUUUCCUCUUUUUUCAUUGUUCUCUAUCUACUCUAUUGUGUUCCGGUAUUUUUUUAUCCCUAGUUUCUUCUUCCUCCCCCAUUGAAAACUAUUUUUUUCGAGCUACUUUCUUUGUGUAUCUGCUUGACAUGUUUCGAUUAUAAAUGAAUUGAAUUGUAGUGAUCGCGUUGAUGUCAUU